UCUCUCGCGUCGCUCAUCGUUUCGAGAAAAGUAUCAGACUCAUCGGCUCCGCCCAAGCCAUGGCCGCUCCGAUCAGCCUCCGCCUCUUUUCCGCCGCCGUUCCCAUCCUCCUCCUUCUCUUCCUCUCCGCCGUCAGCUUCGCCGACGCCGAAAACGCGCACGACUUGUUACCCGAAUACGGGCUCCCCAAGGGGCUCCUCCCCGACUCGGUCGUGAGCAACUCCCUCUCGGAGAACGGCGACUUUGUGGUGGAGCUCGAGGCUCCGUGCUACGUCAAAUUCUCCUACCUCGUGUAUUACGAAAAGACCAUCCGCGGGAAGCUCUCCUACGGAGCCAUCUCCGACAUCUCCGGGAUCCAGGCCAAGCAGCUCUUUUUCUGGGUCUCCCUCACAGGAAUCGAGGCCCAUCCGGCCGACGGCACCAUCGAGUUCAAGGUAGGGUUUCUUUCGCAGACUCUAUCCGCCAGCGAGUUCGAUCGUAUCCGGCAGUGCAAGGCCAAGGCCCUCGGCCGUGGGUUCUUCCCUGAGGAGUUGCUCCCGGCCGUUUCAGAGGUUUAAAUGACUGGGCCGUACACCAAUCCUGCUGUUUCUUUUCAGAGUCACCGUGUGUUUGUGAACGUGUAUGUGUGAAAGGUGUAUCGCAAUUUACUCUGAUGUAGUGAUGUAUCUGUGUAUCUAUUCGACUAUAUUCCUUUCAAACUUUGUUAUGGGCAUUGGCCAUUUAUUA